AAGUAAAUAUUGCACUUCCCUCUUAUGUCAUUCACACGGGUAGUGCUGUUAUCAUCAAGACAAGACAUUGAUCAAUUUCCAUUUAGAUCGUAACCUUGUUUAUAUAUAUAUAUAUAUGUGUGUGUAUAUAUAUAUAUAUAUAAUACAUACAUAUCGCGCGUGAAACUUUUUCUAUCCUCCUUUUUCAUACUCUUAUACAUGUUCAUUGUUAUAACAAAAUUGCGUUGCCACCGACAACAUGCUCGAGGGCCUCGUCGCCUGGGUGCUUAACAAUUACCUGGGCAAGUACGUGGAGAACCUCAACACCGAUCAGUUAAGCAUCGCAUUACUCUCAGGUGCGGUUGAACUUGAGAAUUUACCACUCAAAAGAGAAGCUUUAAGGAACCUUGGUUUACCUGUUGAAAUCAAAGCUGGCUUUAUUGGUAAAGUUCGGUUACAAGUUCCUGUCACACAAAUAAGAACAGCAUCAUGGGUGAUAGCAAUAGAACAAUUAUAUUUAGUGGCAGGGCCUAUAAAUUUAGAGGAGUACGACAUCGAAGCAGAAGAACAAGCAAUAAUUGAUUAUAAAUUAAGUCGUUUGGAUUCUUUAGAAGCAAGAUGGCGUGCAGAAUCCGAACAAGGUCCUGGCUAUUAUGCAGCUAGUUAUAGUACCUGGGUAAAUUAUGGUACCUCCCUAGUCACUAACAUUAUAGAGAAUUUGCAGCUCAAUAUAAAAGAUGUACAUAUUCGUUAUGAAGAUUUAGCUACUCUUCCUAAUGGUACAGGGAUAGCUUUUGGUAUAACAAUAGGGGCUUUAAGUGCCCAGAGUUGUGAUGCAAGUUGGGUUCCUGGAUCCACUUCUUGGAAUUUGCAAGAUUCUUCUUUCAAAUUGAUGGAACUUGAUGGCCUUUCUGUCUAUUGGAAUGAAAUUAAAAAAGAAAAUAUGUUCCAUGAUUUGGACAUGGCAAAUUUAGCUGUUGCUAUGAGCGAAUCGAAGAAGCAAAGCAAAAGUUAUAUUCUUUUACCAGUUAGUGCUAAGGCUCAUGUAAAAAGAGACAGAUCAGAAAGACCGUUACGUUCAGCACAUAAACCAAGAAUUGUUGUUGAUCUUUCUUUGGAUAAAGUACCAUUAUCAUUAACAGAUGUCCAAUAUGAACAAAUAGUUUUAUGUAUAAAAGGUUUAGAUGAAAUUGACAGACAACGCCGACAGAGAAGAUGUCGACCAACAGCGUCGGUUAAGGAAACUCCAAAAGAAUGGUGGAGGUAUGCAGCUCGUUGCUACAUCGGUAGAAAAACUCUCACUCCCAAAAAGACUUGGGAUGAUAUUCUUCAACGCGGAAAAAAUAAUACAACUUAUGUCGAUGUUUGCGCAAAGCUCUUAAUGAAUCCUACUUCAAGUUUACCAUCUGAUUUGAAAAAAUUAAAGGAUCAAAUGGAGGCUGAGCUCAGUUUUGACGAACUUAGAAUUUUACGUGAAUUGGCAAUGAUGAAAGUGCGAUCACCAAAGCCACCGCAAAACGAGAACACUACCACACCACCACAAGCUCAGGGUAUGCUUCUGCAAUGGUUUCCACAGUGGUGGGGCUGGUAUUCUGCUAAAACACCAAAUAACAAUACUGAAACUUCACCGACGGCUAAUUCAUCAACGUUCGAUGGAGAAUUACUUGAUGUAUUGGCGGAUACUGUAGAUGACGAUACUUUACUGCGAAGAGAUACAGUCUUUGGCCUUUUUAAUUUUGCGUUAUCUAAGGGUGCUAUUUCAUUGUGUACUGUUGUCAAGAGUGAAUCGGAUAAAUCCCCAGAAAUCAAAGCAGUAAUGGAGUUGCAAUUCGAGCGCGUACACCUAAGUUACGAAUCUCGUCCUCGUUCUGGAUCUCACAAAUUCUCCAUAAGUCUUGGGGCACUUUUCCUUCAUGAUCACUUUACGGAAAAUUCAACAUUCCCAAUUCUCGUGCAACCACAAUCCAGCGUUGGAGGCGGUGGUUCAUCUUCUCGACUUCGCAACUCAUCAGAUAAACUUAACUCUCAAUCUGCUCAGUCACUUUUCGAACUCGUUUAUGAAAAACGACCACUGCAUUUGUCUGUUGACCAUUCGUUGCACGUUAAUUCUCGUUCACUUGAUGUAGUAUACAAUCCAUUAGCCAUGAGAUGGUUAGUCGAUUUCAUAUGCGAACCACACAGAUCAGACGGUUCGAAUAAUUUGAGAUUACAGGCAAUGAAACGGCGAACAAGACGACAGCUUAUGAAGAAUUGGGAACAGAUUCUCGAGGGUGAUACUGUUGUUAGGUCGUCUUGGGAUCUACAACUCAAUAUUUCUGCGCCGCAGAUUCUUCUUGUCGAAAAAUUCACCGACACCAACGCUACAGUAGUCGUUGUUGACUUCGGUCGAUUACACCUAUCGAACAAUUUAGACCUAAAGUCGGUAAUAACGGCGAGAAAUCUCAUAUCGCCAACGAGUGAGAUAGAAAAAACUGUCGAAGAGGAAGAGGAGGAUGAGAGAUUCGAAACGCCUUGUUCAACUCCACCUGGUAGCGAAGAAAAUGGCUCGGUACAAGAUUUGCAGCUGGGACUGUCGGAAGCAGCGCUUCAUAAGAAAUUGUACGACCAUUAUUCGGUAGAUUUGUCGGAUUUGCAAGUUUUAGUUGGUAAAGUCAAAGAUAACUGGAAGCACGCGAGAACCAGGGGUAUGUCAAGUCUUCAUGUUUUGGAAAGAUUUAAUAUAUCCUUACAAAUCGAAAGAAGAGUCGUUACAACGACCGAUCCGCAUUUUCCGUCGGUCACGGUAUCUGGAAAUCUACCUAGAUUGGUUGUACACGUAAACGAACAAAAAGUCGAGUCAAUAAGAUCGAUGUAUCACUUACUAUGGAGUUUGUCAAGUACUUCACCUGUUACUACGAAAACUAACGGAGCAUAUGUUCAAGAGGAACCGGAAAGUCCAAAGAAAGAGGAAGGUCUGGACAGAAUGUUGAAUCAUGCGAUGAUGAUCCAGUUUAUCAUCGAUCAAAUGACAUUUGAAUUGCAGUCGCGGGGUAGAAGUGUUGCUGAACUUCAGGUAUCCGGAGUAAAAGCAGCAUUGAGUAAACGUCCAGCAGACUUGAGUGCUUCGUUAUCUGUACAUGGCUUACUGCUCGUCGAUGCUCUGCAAGAAUUUGGCCCUGAUUUCGAACUUCUUGUGGCGAGUCACAAACACGUCGGUAUGGACAGUGUAUCCGGUAGUUUAAGAGAUUCAGAGCCUACAUCACCUGUGUCGCCUGUAUCACCUGGGUCUCCAGAUGCAACUCUAUCUCGAAGACUUACUUCGCCUGUAGCUCUAUCACAUGCCUUAACCAAUCUUGCGCAUCACGAUACAAAAAGUCCUUUUGCGAGAACUGCGUCUUCUAUCGCAUUAGAACAACUCGACUCGGAAGCUCUAAUUGUUGUGGAGGUGAUGUUCGUUGAUGAGCCACUCGAAAGUUUGAGAGUUGCGAAUAUACAAUUCAACAAUUUGGAUAUCAUCGCAAAUCAAGAAACAAUCGUCGAGCUUAUGGGAUUCGUGAGGAGACUCUUUCCACCUAAGAAAUCUAAAGUCAGAAGAAUGGAAAGAUACGAAUCGCUGACAAGUUUGACGUCCGAAGGAAAAGCUACAAGAACAGAAAUUACCUUCGACUUUCAUAGAUUAAAUGUCUUACUACUUAGAGCUGUGAUGCAAGAUAGUCAUUUAGUAGGUCAAAAAAUUGCCACGGCGACAAUGUCAGACGCUCGAAUACAAGCAACUCUCGCAACAAACAACUCGAUCUCCGGAUCUCUUGGUGGUCUACAAAUUCUCGAUCAAACUUUGAUCGGCAAAACUCAUCAACGAAUAAUCAGCGUAGGUCGCGAUCUCAUUGCCGAUCCACCGAGUGUUGGUCAUCAUCACCAUCAUCAUAAUUUCGACCACUUUGCAAACAGUACGCUCGUAGAAGGCGAACAAUCCGAAGCUUUACGUUUUCUUGCCACGCGUAGCUGUAGACAAAACUUGACAGCUGAUACGUCUGAAACAUUGGUCGAUAUCAGUAUACGAAUUGGUAGUGUCUGGUACACUCACGCACCACAUUUGAUUUCGGAGCUACGUUCCUGCGCUGAUGAAUUUAAACAGUAUUUGAGCAACGUUGCUAGGCAAAUUGGUGCCGCGGCAACGGACAUGGCUAUCGGAUUGGUAAACGCGGAAGAUUGGGCGAUACCCCAGCGAAAGCGACUGCCUAGUUUUUCAUUGGAUGGCUCGGAAGUAUCAACAAAUCUAUUGUUGAAACUUGAUUUAGUUUUGAACAGUCCCGUACUUGUAAUACCAAGGUCGUCGCAAAGUACGCAGGUAUUUAUUACUCACUUGGGUACGAUGACACUGCAGCACGAGCCACCGUCAUCGAACUCGACCAAGCAGAAGAUCAAUCUUGAAGUCAGAGAUAUGAAUUUACACUCGCUCGAUAUAGCAACAAGGAUUGGUCAAAUGAAUCAAACAAAUCUGCCACUGAGAGCCGAAGAAAUGUAUUCGUGUAAGGAAAAUGGAAAGCCUAUUUUACACGACACUCUGCUGAGAGUCACCGUCGAACGAGAUAUUGGAAGUCGAUGUCAGAGUCCUGGAUUCCCAUUUGAAAUUGAAACUGCGAGAGGAACUGUGGAAAUUCACGGUGUGGUUGUAACGCCCCUAAAGGUUUCUGUCUCGCGUGGACAGUACGAGCAAUUUCUUGAUACGAUCAAUAGGUUGUUCACGAUGCCAGCCAAGGUAGCUGAAAUUGUCACACCAAAGACGCCGCAACCAUUAUCCAAGUCCGAUACGUACAUCAGCAGUUCGAGAGUCAUCGAUAAACCAUCCUACUCUGACAAAUUCGAUUUGCCGAUAAAAGUACUCUUCGAACUUCCCGCUCUUAGCAUCGAGUUAAAACAAGAAGGUCGCUUGGAACAACCGCUCGUCGAACUUUCAAUGCGCGACUUGUGUGCCAAGUAUGAGAAACUUACGCGAAACGAAUCUACAACUCAAGUAGCUUUACGCUCUCUACUUAUGGAAGAUCUACUUUGUCCGGUUGGUUCUCGACAUCGUUACAUGAUGCAAUCAUCCGCACCAACUCGAGCUCGUCCAUUCGCUGGGGUAUCUCGUUCAUGUCCCGAUUUGACAUCUAACCGUCUAUUACGCAAUUCAACCGUAUAUGGUAGUCUACCAGAUCGCCUCGAAACUGACAAACUUUUCGGAGCAGUACCGUCACAUUGGCGUCGACCACCUGUCAGUUCGCUAAUUGAAACACCAAAUACGCCACCGCCAUCACCAGGUGCCGUCACCACUGAGGAAAAUCUCGUUCUUAUCAGCAUUACCAUGAAAGAACCCGAACCCGACAAUACGUUGCAAGUAAAACACAAGACUGUCAGCGUUGAUUUCAACUGCCUCGACUUGAUCGUUAGCGUUGAGUCGUGGAUGGUUGUAUUGGACCUUUUGGGUAUUGGCUCGCCAAGCUGUGAACCCGUAACACCAGUACCGCCUUUGUCGAACAUUGACGUGAUAGAUUACGAUCAGAGUAAUGAGUUGCCCAUUCAUUCAAAAACUGACGUAGAAAUCAACUCGUUGACUCUCAUACUAACUCAGCCUGAGCGGGAAAUCGCAAGAGUGAAUAUCUCUAAUGUUAGCUCGCACAUCGUUAAGAUAGAUGGAACAACAAAAGUUUCAGGCUCAUUAGGUUCGAUGUCGCUGUUGGAUCUAACGCCUCAUGGAAGAUUUUACCGCGAGCGUUUCUUGUCGUCCGGUAGGAAGGCUCUGAACUUCCAGUAUUCGAGCUACGUCGACUCAGAGUCACGACCUCAUGACGCUCAGUUGAAACUACAAAUGUCAGCGGUACACUACGUACACACGCAAAGAUUUAUCGCCGAAUUACAAGCUUUCUUCGCUCACUUUUCUCAAUUACGCACGGUCAUGGCGAACAUUCGGGCUGGUGGUAGUGCUGUAAUCAACGUCAACAAGAGAAGCAUGAGACUGUCGUUGGAACUCCAUGCAGCUGCUCCAGUAAUUUUAUUGCCCGUUAGUUCUAGAUCAGAGGAGAUGAUAUUCUUGGAUCUCGGUGAGCUAACUGCGCACAACAGCUUUGUCUUCUCGAAUGUGAAACCAGAAUGUUUGCUCGACAUCAUGAACCUCGAACUUGUUAACAUGGAUGUACACGCAGCGAAGAGAGUUAGCGGUAGUAGCAACGCAAAUGAUGACGGAGAUAGUUUGUCAGUAGGCGGAUUCAUUGUGAGAAAAAUUGGACCAUCGCUUUUAACGGAAAAAUGUCAUCUGAAAUUGCGAGUUGAGCGAAAUUUAGAUACUUACUUGAGUAGAGAGAUUCCAGAUUUAAGCAUUCAUGGAACACUGUCGACGAUGGACUGCGCAUUAGAUCCUUCGCAGUACAUGUUGAUCCGUGGGUUGUUGUCCUACAAUAUCGGUGAAAAUCUGGAUGACUUAAAAGCUUUCAUGCGAGAUACUGUUGAGUACUCAAUGCCGCAAAUUGAUUCCGAAGGCAAGGCAUGGACUUCGUCAUUUGUCAGUCUUGAACUCGUUAAUGUCACGCUUAAACUACAUCCUCAUCAUAGUAUAGCAGCGUUGGCGUGUGUAAAUUUUAUCAAAUCACGACUGAUCCUUGACUCGUUGAGCGACGGUUCGCAGGAUGUUGAUUUAGUAUCAAGAGAGAUUUUAGUUACCGACACGAGAUUCCAUGACGAACCAGUUAAUCGACGAUCCAAUGUUUUUACGAGCAUCCUACAACCAUUGCGCGAAAGCUCGACCGUGGAAGACCGAGUUCAGGCGGAAGUACAUCAUCGCAAGAGAAUGGGCAGCUCUGCCACAACGAUUUUGUUACACAGUAUGCGACUUACCGCGAUUCUCGACUGGUGGGAAGCUGUUCGAGACUUUCUAGUAUUGAAUUCUCCGGAACCAGAGCCAGUGCAUAUCAUCAACGCGAUACCGCUUGUUGCGUCACAAGAAAUCAAUGGUAAUGGUAAUAGUACUUUACCUUUUGAACUCAAACUCAACAUCACAGAUUCGGAGCUAGUUCUCGUUGAAGAUACUUCCAUGUGGGAUACCAAUGCCGUGAUCCUCAAGAGUACGGCCGUAUUAGCUUAUCGAUCGAAUCCACAGAAUGAUGAGAAACCGAUGAGCUGCAAUCUGUCGCACUGCGAGCUGUUUUCGUGUAUUCUCGGUCUUGAAGAGGAAACCGCUUUGUCCAUCAUCGAUCCUGUCGGCGCGAGUCUUGAACUUACCAAGGAUAAGUGUCUGGAAGUACAUUUACAACCGCUGAGCGUGCGGCUCAGUUACCACGAUGUCAAUAUGUUCUCAAGAAUGCUUAGUUCUUUGCCGAAGCAAACAUUAUUGGCUAGACAGAGAUUAUCCGUGGAUGGGCAACCACCAGCUAAUGCCAAGAGUCACGUACUUAAAUUGUCUGCCUUGGGUUUCGCCGAAAUCGACUGCGAGACUGCAUUGGAUAAAUGUAACGGGCAUCUCGACGAUGCAGCGCUUUGGCUUACUCAAAACGCAGUUCCAAACGCCGAGAAAGCAGCGACUGGCGACGAGUUCCCAUUAAAAGUCAUUGUCGUGGAAACGUCGUGUUUGAAAAUCUGUACAAUCGACGAUUGUAGAGACGCUGACGUUCCUUUACUAGAAUUGACACUCGUUGAUCUGUCAUUGAGACAAGAGUAUUCAGGGCCAGGUGACGUAUCAGCAAAUUUUGCAAUUGACUACUACAAUCGAGUACUCAGCGGAUGGGAACCAUUCGUCGAACAGUGGCGUGCUUCGAUGCAGUGGGAACAAACGUUAUCCAGUUCUUUAAGCCCAAAGAGAUUUCGUAUCAGAGUGGAUUCUCAAGACUCAAUGAAUGUCAACAUAACGUCGACUCUUGUAGAAUUGUUUACAAUGGUGAAAGAAAACUGGACUCAGGAUUAUUCAUUGUUUACCGACACCAGUACGAGUAAUAAAAAAAACUACAGGAGGAGAUCGCCGUUCGUACCGUUCGCUUUGAAGAAUGAAACUGGCUCAAAGAUCUGGUUCAAAACGUUACUAGCCACCGCUGAGGAUGACAAGAUUAUCGAUAGAGAAUUUCUAAGAAAAAAUGCUCUAAACAAAGAUGAAACUUGGCUGGAAGUAUCUGCAGGAGAUACCGUCCCAUUUACCUUUGAAAAUCGGGGAAAAUUGAGGCAUCAUUUGACACAUAUUGCCAGAAGACACCAGGUAGCUGUGGUUGUUGAAGGAUGGAAGGUUGUCGAUCCUGUUACAGUUGAUAGAGUUGGCAUUUAUUUCCGGCAUGCCCAUGUUGAUUUUAAAGGCCCAGAGAUGGUAUCUUCAAAAGCAAGAAUUGUAUUUAACGUCGAGCUAGAAGGAUCCGCAAGAAAACUUGUUACGGUCAGGUCAGCUCUGCAGGUGGUGAACAAAUUGAGUUAUAAUAUUGAUUUGAAAUUGGAAAAAUCUUUAAGUUAUUAUGGUUAUUCUCCGACAUACUCAUCAACACUCGGCGGUAGAAUUCUACAGGUACAAGCGCAGUCCCGAAUUUCUAUCCCACUCACUCACACGGACGUUCAGAUGUACCUAAGACCAGUACAUUCAAGUCUUCCAUAUCAAUAUUGUGUAGAACCAAUCGACUGGACAUGCGUGAAGAAACCCGCUGAAGUUAUCGAAAUACAAACAACUUGUAGAACGAACAAACAAGAUAUAUUCAGGAUGUGUGUGGCUGUACGAAGAGAUAAUUAUCCACCCGAUACAACUCAAGCCUUACCUGGACAUACCAUUUUAAUUUUGGCUCCGAUGACUAUAACGAAUUUACUUCCAAAUGAGUUGUUUUAUUCGGCUGGUACAGAAAAUGGUAGAAUCGCGCCUGGAAACUCUGCUGAUUUGCAAAGUCCAAAUAUCAACAAUCAAUUGGAAAUAACUGUACAGCUUGAUGGAUAUUCCGGCGCUGGAACACUAAUUUUACCACAAAAUAGCGGCUCAUUUACCGGUCGCAUGCGUCUCUCUGAUUCAAACGGCCGUAUCCUAUUCAUCCACGCCACAGUAUUAGUCGAGAAAGGUUCUGCAGUGCGAAUAAAUAUCACCGCACCAUACUGGAUCACCAAUAAAACGGGUCUACCAUUGGUAUUCAAACAAGAAGGUGCAAAUACAGAGUUUGCAGGUCAGUUCGAGGAGCACGAGAAAGCUCGAAUGGUUGCUCCUUUGUUGUUUUCAUUCAACGACGAGGAGAUGAAUGGAACUCUUGCUGUGCGCAUUGGUACUGGUGUUCAUCCAAAUGGUAUUCCACAGUGGUGUCAGCAGUUUCAUCUACAACCUGGUGUACAGGUACAUCGUUUAAGAGUAACGUUACGGGAUGGCAGACCCGACAUCGUGUAUGUGAUUGGCAUCACUACAAGAGCUGCCAGAGGCAGAUAUCGCGCGACAACAGUUGUUACUCUAUCUCCUAGAUAUCAACUGCAUAAUAAAUCAUCUUGCAAAUUGGAACUCGCUCAAAAGUGUUUCACAACUACUGUUACACAUCUCGAUGCUGAAGCAACUUAUUUAAUAGCAAUGCCCGAAUGCCAUAUGCCGUUUCACUGGCCACGUCUCGAUAAAGACCAAUUACUUUGCGUUCGUAUUGUCAACGUACUGAAUUGCAUGUGGUCCGGAGGAAUAAUGCUGCAGGGCAAUCAUUCGCUUACUAUCAAUGUUAGAGAUGGAGCCGGACAAAUGUAUUUUCUUCGGGUCGACGUUGUUCUGCAAGAAAGCACAUAUUUCAUUGUGUUCACUGAUGCACACACCAUGCCACCACCGAUUAGAGUUGAUAAUUUUUCAGAAGUUCCUUUAACAAUUAAUCAGACUACAGUAUCUGAAAGUUUACAAUGGGCAGUACGCUCACAUAGUUCUGUGCCUUACGCUCUUGAUGAACCAUCUUUGCCAGCUGCACUUACGGUUACGGCACCUGGUGGAGUUACUGCUACGUACGAUUUGAAUGUGCUUGGAGAGUGUAGAGGAUUGACUUAUGAAAAUUUUAUAUAUAUCGCAUUCACUGGAACAUUUAAAACUGAUAUUGAUCUCGGAACCGACGACAGUAGUUUAGAUCCUCUUGACGUUGAAACUCAACGAUUAGUUCUUGAAGCUGGUCCUGGUGGUUGGGUUGCACUCCGAAGAAAACAAUACGGAGUCCGAUCGCAACUCUGGCGUAUGACGGGCGACGGUCAACUACAACACGAAGGGUCUAGCCCACCUACAGAUAAAUAUAGUCGAGCUCCAGAUAAGGUAUUAGUCCUGGACAUCGCUGGAACAGCUCCACAACCAUUCACGUACUGUCCACUGGCAUUGAGGAGACCUGAUCCAAGACGCAGAUCAACUCAAACUUGGCGUUUCACUGAUGACGGUCGUUUAUGCUGCGCUCACGCAAAUAUGUGUGUGCAGUCGAAGGAUGGUUUCAUGGGAUUGCAAGACAGCGGCCGAGUCGCCCGUUGGCAAAUGUGGAGCGAAGCUGUUUUGGGACCACAAACUCAUUGCACCCAUCCACCAAUUGAACAGAAAGUCAGUCGUCAACGUCUACGACCAGGUUCUGGAUAUUUGUCAGUCCGCGUAACAACUGAUGGACCAACCAGAGUUUUGCAAGUAUUGGACAUCAAAGAAAGAAAAAAGACCUUUGCUCUAUUAGAAGAGCGCGAUUGGUCCAAUAUCUCAAUAGCUCAUCGACCCACCCAAGUGCAAACUGAAGUAGCGAAAAUUGAUGCUCGCGAAUUACAUUUAAGCGUCGAUCUACCAGCUGGUUUGGGGUUGUCGAUCGUUUCACGAAAACCAACUGAGGAGCCUAUUUUUUCACGCUUCGCUGGAAUUACCCUUGACUUUGUCGAUACACCUGCCAGCAAGAGCUUAGAUUUGAGUAUUCAUGAUGUUCAAAUUGAUAAUCAACUAUUCGAGGCACAGUGCACAUCUGUACUCUAUAUAUCAAGGAAUUCGAGAAACGAGGGCGAUUGUAGGCCUGCGAUUCACAUAGCUGCCGAGAAACUUCCUUCUAAGAAUGAAAACGCAGAAAUUUACAAACACUUGAUUGUCAGUGUAAAACCCGUAUGCGUUCACUUAGAAGAGCGACUUAUCUUGAAAAUGGCAGCAUUCGUUGGUGCAGGAUUUCUCGACCAAGAAGCUCCUGUGGAUGAAAAUGACUUCAAUGCGCAGCGAUUCAUAUCUAAUGUUGCUGCUGCACACGCUAAACGUUACUAUUUUGGUGCUCUCAAACUCGUUCCCAGUCAAGUAGAACUUAGCGUAUUGACGACCACUAAACUUCCACCAUAUCUACAGGCAAUGAAGAGAAAAUUAGGGCUUACGUUGAUUAGGUUCGAGGAUGCGACUAUCGAGUUAGAACCGUUUAUUAGAAAACAUCCCUUUGAGAGCAGUCAAUUUCUUAUUCACUCUAUUAUUAAACAUUACAAAGAUGAAUUGAAAUGGCAAGCGGCGGUAAUAUUGGGUUCCGUUGAUUUCCUUGGCAGUCCGUUAGGUUUCGUCAAUGACGUAUCCGAGGGAUUGUCAAGCUUAGUCAACGAGCGUAACGUUAAAACUUUCGUACAGAAUGUUACUCAUGGUUUCUCCAGUUCAACAGCCAAGUUUACUGAGUCUUUAUCAGAUGGUUUCGGCAAAGUCAUCAUGGAUGAGAGGCACGAAGAAACGAGACAAAAGAUUCGCUCCAAUACUAAUGGCAGCUUGGAUCACUUGCAGGCAGCUUUCAAGGGUUUGGGUCUUGGUAUGCUUGGCGGUGCUACCAGUUUAUUUAAGCAAACUUACGACGGAGCAAUUAACGAAGGAUUUCCUGGUUUUAUUACUGGGCUUGGUAAAGGUGCAGUUGGAACUGUGACCAAACCAGCUGUUGGUAUAUUGGACUUUUUUACUGAGAGCGCCACCGCUUUACGAGAGACAAGCAGAAGUGCUCACAGGCAAUUACCGAAACGCGAUCGACUUCCACGUGUAGCAAGUGGUCCCGCAGGCUUACUACCCCCGUACAACUUACAACAAACUAAGGGUCAAGAACUUUUAUAUAGCAUCAAUGACCAUGACUUCUCCGAAUUAUUUGUUGCGUAUGAAUGUUUGCGCAGUGGAUUCGAUAAUCUAAAAGUACUUGUAACGAAUGAACGUGUGAUUGUGAUAUCUGGUGGCAGUAAGGGUAUUGUCACCGAAGUAAGUCUGGCUAAUUUGUUGCACUGUCAACCAACUCAUCGACUGGAGAGCAAUGGCAUGACACUACAUUACAUCGAGCUUACUUCGAGGGCUGAUGUUGGCACAAUACAUUUUGAUGGUCCGGAAAUUUUAAGAAGACCAAAAGUUCGUUGUGAUAGCGAAGAUAUUGCUAAAUGGGUUUCAAGACAAAUAAACUACGCUAAAGGAAUGCACGAAGAACGACGAUUAACACUAAUGUCUUCGGACAAUCUACUGGACGAUAUUCAGAUUUACAAGUAAAUGAGAAACAAAGUUAAAGUUAUAGUUUUAUCACACAAGAUAUUUUAUAUAAAUUGGCAAAAUUUUAGCUUGCAUUUCUCAAAGUUUUACUACUUUCAAAAAGAAAAAGUAUCGACGUUUUAGUUACCUAAUCAAUCAAUUAUAAAUGAAUGAAUACAAGACUGACGUAAGCAAGAAAUAAAUGUCACAAUCCUUUUUUUGUUAUUGCCUAGUGCCAUUGUUUUUUGCACUUCACAAAUGCGAAAGUACUAUUGACGUACUAAGUAUGAUUAACGGAAGAGAUGUGUACAUAAUGUGUAGAUGAGAAGUGUUGGAAGAGUUUCUUUUUUUAUGCGAGAGUUCAAUUUACCUUUUGAUGACGUAUCUAUAAAUGCUUGUUUAAAAAAAUGCAACACCAAAGUUCUGUACUACUGACACAGUAUUUCCUAUUUUGUUGUUUUCGUCACACUUGGUAUUUGAACUGUAUAUAAGAGGACUGUAUAAAUAUAUAUUUUAGAGAAAAAGUAGAAUUGUUAACAAAAAUAACACAAUGAAUGUAUUUGUUCUAUUAUAAACCAAAAACGCUUUUUAUUAUUAAUAAAAGACUCA